AUGCCUCCCAAAAACCGACAGGAAGAGGAGAGGUCAAAACUGACCCGUAUUGCUGUUGUUAAUGCUGACAGAUGCAAGCCUUCGAAAUGCAGUCUCGAGUGCAGCAAAUGUUGUCCAGUUAACCUACAAGGGAAGCUUUGUAUCGAGGUACAGAAGAAAUCUGUGAUUUCCAAGAUUUCUGAAGAAUUAUGCAUCGGUUGUGGAUUGUGUGUAAAGAAAUGCCCUUAUGGUGCUAUUCAAAUUAUUAACUUGCCAUCAAAUCUUGAAAAGGACACUGUUCAUCGAUAUGGUCCUAAUAGUUUUAAGCUUCAUCGCUUGCCUCUCCCUCGCCCAGGGCAGGUCUUGGGACUUGUGGGAGCAAACGGAACGGGUAAGUCUACGGCGUUGUCUAUUCUAAAAGGGAAGGUUAAGCCUAAUCUUGGUCGCUAUCGUAAUGAGCCGAAUUGGGAAGAAAUACUUCGAUACUUCCGUGGAUCGGAGCAUCAAGCAUAUUUUCAGCAUAUGUUGGAAGACAAAUUGCGUGUUCUUUUAAAACCACAGUAUGUGGAUCAGAUUCCCAAAGGUACAAAAGGAGUGGUAGGAGAACUCCUCGCGAGAUCAGAUCAACGCGGCAUGGUGGAGCACUUUAUGAAUGUUCUUGAUUUGAAAAAUGUUAAAGACCGUGAACUUGAUAAACUUUCCGGAGGAGAGCUACAGCGUUUUACAAUUGCUGCUUUAUGUGUUCAAAAUGCUGCGGUUUACAUGUUUGAUGAACCUUCUAGUUAUUUGGAUGUACGUCAGCGACUGACUGCUGCUCAAGUGAUAAGAUCCUUAUUAAAGGAAGAUAACUAUGUGAUAGUUGUGGAACAUGAUCUCUCUGCCUUGGAUUAUAUGUCUGAUUUUGUAUGUGUGCUAUAUGGCGUUCCUGGCAUUUAUGGCGUUGUGACAAUGCCCUACGGUGUUCGGGAAGGCAUCAACGUUUUUUUGGAUGGAUUUGUUCCAACGGAAAAUUUACGCUUUCGCGAAGAGGGUCUCACCUUUCGUAUUGUUGAUGAUUUUGACGAGGUCACUAAACGCACCGCUCAGAACAGUUAUCCUUACAUGACCAAAAAAUUGGGAUCUUUUAACUUGACCGUAGAACCCGGAAAUUUCUCUGAUUCCGAGAUUAUUGUGUUACUUGGAGAGAAUGGCUGUGGUAAAACCACAUUUAUUCGCAUGUUGGCUGGUCAUCAAAAACCAGAUAACGGUGCAGAGGUGCCACAACUUUCAAUCAGUUAUAAGCCCCAAAAGAUUGCUCCCAAGUUUCAAGGAACCGUGAAGGAUCUUCUUCAGACGAAGAUUUACGAUGCCUUCAGUCAUCCUCAAUUCCAGACAGAUGUACUGAAGCCCUUGACUAUUGAAGAACUUUUGGAUCAGGAGGUACAAAACCUCUCUGGAGGUCAGCUUCAAAGGGUUGGUUUGUGUAUUGCUUUGGGAACGCCGGCAAAUAUAUAUUUGAUUGACGAGCCAAGUGCCUAUCUGGAUUCGGAUCAGCGUAUUAUAGCAGCCCGUGUUAUCAAGAGGUUCAUCAUGCACACAAAACGUACAGCCUUUAUCGUAGAGCAUGAUUUUAUUAUGGCAACGUAUUUGGCGGAUCGGGUUAUUGUGUAUGAUGGUACACCUGCUGUGAACUGCAAGGCCGGUACUCCCUGCGGUCUGUUGGAAGGCAUGAACAAAUUUUUGAAGAGCCUUGACAUCACAUUUCGUCGUGACCCCACAAAUUUCCGUCCACGCAUUAAUAAACUGGACUCUGUUAAGGACCGAGAGCAAAAGGGCAGCGGAAACUACUUCUACAUGAUGGACACGACGGAGGUGGCGAAUAAAAAACCAAAUGCAACUGGAAAUGAAGACCAUGAGGAUGAGGAUGGGGAUGAAGAGAAGGAAGAAGUGGCGCACAAGAGGAAGUCCAAAAAGGGGAAACACUGA